ACCGGGAGGGGGGGGCCGAGACCCCCGGGAUGGGGGCGGGAGGGCCCCGCUGCACCCCCCCCCUGCACCAACCGGGCUCCGGGGGCACCGGGAGCGGCCUCAGCGCGGCCUCAAAGCCGGGGCUGGGCCGGGGGGCGCCCGCCGGGCCUCCCCCUGCAGGCCCCGGGCCUGUGGGGCCUGUAGGCCCCGGGGAGGCCUCACCAGGGGGUGCCCGUCUGUGGGCUGGAGGCGGCUGGUUCCGCUUCCAGGUGUGUUUCUGAGGAAAAUGAGUACAGAAAUGAGGUUGGAUAAAGCGCUGGAGGGCUUUCAAUGAACCGCACGCGUCUCGUUUGCUUGUUCUGUGUCGCUGUUCUGUCCCCGCAGCGUGCCCGCUGAGUUUUCCGCCUCCGGUUUGUUUCUGCGGACGGGGCUGGCUCAAACCACGCUGCUCGGCGCUGCCCGAAAUCCCCAGCUCCUGCCGCAUAACUCCCCAACCGCCCGGCUGGAUGAGGAACGCAGCCCCUGUGCCGCUUUGAAACGCAAAGCUGUGCGACACCCCGUGCCUGAACUGCUUAUUUUUAACCCAGAGUCAUCGCCCUGCUCAGGCUGGUGGCGUGGCAUAGCUGAGAGGAUGAGAAAGUGCCAGCGAAAAUGCCGCUGUAGAUGACCGUAGAUGACCGCCUGGCUCUCGCCCCACGUGCUAUGGCUGUCCAUGGCCUCUGCAGGCCCGCAACCCUCUAACCUGGGCCCCAAACAGAAGAGCUUCGGCCCCGCAGCAGAGCACACGCAGCCCCAGCAGGCCUGGCGCAGCGCUCCUCAGCAGGCGAAACCCAUCUGGGCUCUGGAGGGGCAGCACGGGAGCGUUUGCCAGGAGCGCAGCCCCCCGUCCUCGGGGGUCCCUUUGCAGCAGUCCAGCUCCCUGUACCCGCCCUCGCCAUGCCCCACGCACCCCGCUGAACGCUCGCAGCCCUGCCCGGAGCUGUGUGGCAGCACGCUGCUCCACCGCCGCUCCUGCCUGAGAGCCAAGCCGGGCUUGGAAAGCUCCAGGUUUCCUUUCCAAAGCCCCCGGGACAGCGGCUCUGCCACGGCAAGGGCGAUGUCUUCCGUGCUGAUGGAGCCCUGCCUGCUGCCUGCGCUGCCCGAGGAGCACAAGGGCUCUGCCCUCAGCUUGGCUCGGCAGGCGGCCGGCUCCUACCGCCCGGUGCUCAACAACAACUCCUUCCUGCGGCCAGUCAGCACCCAAGUGCCUUCGCUGCAGCCAGCGGAGAUCAAGAAGCUGAAGAACGCCCCCGGUUUCCCUGCUGUCUCGUGGCCCUGCUCCAGGGACGAUGGGGCUUGCUCCCCCAGCACCCCCGUGGCGCAAAGCAGCGAGCAGGAGCAAAGCUGCGUCCCCUCCCUGAGCGUGACCCUGAGGAGGGAGCGCUGCUCCUGGCCGCUGGGAGACACCGAGAGGAGAGCACGCGGCAUCGGCGAGAAGGAGCCAGAGCUCAGCCCGAGGAGGGCUGCACAGCGGCUGGCAGGACAGACAGCCACCUCCUGCAGCUUUGGGAGGGAUGUGAGAAGCCCCGGCAGGACGAUGGCAGGCGGGGUGUCCCUCGGGAGCAGGUGGGGGCACCACAUGGCAGCGCAGCUCACCCCCAAGGAAACCAUCGCCCCCCUCAACUUGGAGCCGGGCAGCAGCCGUUGCCUCGCCGGUUCUUUGAGCCUCACGGGCAGCGAGGGUGCUCUGCUGUGCACCAAGAGGAUCAGCCUCCACCUCCUGGCCUCCCGAGCUGCCUCUCCCGAGCGUGGCACCGACUGCCGGCCACUGGGAGGCAGGGAGCAGGCGGCGGAGCCUCAGCACCCGGCUGCCAUCUCCCAGGUGGCGGCUCAGAUGUCCGCCCUCACGCUGGGGAAGGAGGAGAAGCGGCCCCAGGCUGUGCUCCCAGGGAAGCCUGAUGUCGCUGCUGGGGAGGCGCUGCUGGAGCCAAGCCACCCCCAGGACGAUGUGGAGGAAGAACUUCCCGAUGGGCUGGAUGAGAGCUGUGGCACAGACGAGGAAGAGGACAGUGACUCGGAUGCUUCCUCUGUCGCUGGCAUGCCAUCUCGUGGCUCUGGGGCUCUCCCAUCCAGGAAAUGCAUCGAGUGCCUGGCCCAGCCCACAGAGGAUCAGGAGAAGGUGCUCAAGCCAGCUCUUGUCUGCAGUUUGUUCCCUAAUGUGCCUCCAACCAUCUACUUCAGUACGCGGGAUGAGAGAGUGGAAAAGCUGCCUUGGGAGCAGAGGAAGCUGCUGCGGUGGAAAAUGUGCACGGUCACGCCGAACAUCGUGAAGCAAACCAUCGGCAGGUCUCACUUCAGAGUCAGCAAAAAGAGCAAUGACUGGCUGGGCUGCUGGGGCCACCACAUGAAAUCCCCCGGCUUCAGAGCCAUCCGGGAGCACCAGAAGCUAAACCACUUCCCUGGUUCAUUUCAAAUUGGGAGAAAAGACCGGCUGUGGCGCAACCUGUUGAAGAUGCAGACUCGCUGUGGAAAGAAGGAGUUUAAUUUCUUCCCCCAGUCCUUCAUCCUGCCCCAGGACAUCAAAUUACUCAGGAAAGCAUGGGAGGAAGGAGCUAGCCAGCAGAAAUGGAUUGUGAAACCACCAGCAUCAGCAAGAGGCAUUGGCAUUCAGGUUAUCCACAAAUGGAGCCAGCUCCCCAAAAAGAGACCGCUGCUGGUGCAGAGGUACCUGCACAAACCCUACCUCAUUGGCGGGAGGAAAUUUGACCUGAGGAUCUACGUGUAUGUCACUUGCUACGAUCCCCUCAGGGUUUACCUGUUCAAGGACGGAUUGGUUCGCUUCGCUAGCUGCAAGUACUCCUCCUCGAUGAAGAGCCUCAGCAACAAAUUCGUGCACUUGACCAAUUACAGCGUGAACAAGAAGAACACGGAGUAUAAGUCCAAUUCGGAUGAGACUGCUUGUCAGGGGCACAAAUGGGCACUCAAAGCUCUCUGGAGUUACCUGACCCAGAAAGGAGUUAACAGCGAGGCCAUCUGGGAGAAGAUCAAGGACAUCGUUAUCAAAACCAUCAUUGCAUCUGAGCCCUACGUGAACAGCCUGGUGAAGAUGUACGUGCGGCGGCCCUACUGUUGCCAUGAGCUCUUUGGGUUUGAUAUCAUGCUGGAUGAAAACCUCAAGCCCUGGAUCUUAGAGGUCAACAUUUCCCCGAGCCUCCACUCCAACUCCCCUCUGGAUGUGAGCAUCAAGGGCCAGAUGAUCCGGGACCUGCUCAACCUCGCUGGCUUCGUUCUGCCCAGCACGGACAGCGUAGCCUCGAGGCCGCAGACCAGGAGUGACUCCACCUGCAGUCUGGGCAGCACUUUGAAGGAGAAGCCCAGGCCAGCCUCUGAGCAUUUCACAGCAGAGAAGAUGAAGAAGGCCUAUUACUUGACACAGAAGGUACCUGACCAGGAUUUUUAUUCUUCUGUCUUGGACAUCUUGACCCCAGAUGACGUCCGCGUUCUCGUGGAAACAGAGGACGAGUAUUCGCGGCGCGGGCAGUUUGAGCGGGUGUUCCCCACCCACAUCUCCAUGCGGUAUCUGCGCUUCUUCGAGCAGCCUCGCUACUUCAACAUCCUGGUGAGCCAGUGGGAGCUCAAGUACUACUCGAACAAACACAAAGGUCUGGAGCUGCUGAAGAACUGGUGUGGCAAAGGGUACCACACCGGGGCGGGGACGGAUCUGGCCCAGAUGUGGUCCUUCCCGAAGUCCUUCCUCCUCCAGAAGAGCGGCGUUCAGUCAAAUGGCUUCGGCAAACUGGAACUGGGAGGACUGGGCAAACUCCUGCCUCCAGCCGACGAGGACCUCAGGAGAUGCCUGGAGCCCAGCCCUGCUCCAACUUUACCUCUCUCCAAGCAUGCUGCUGGAGCUGAUCAGAAGCCUGCCGCCUGCCUCUGACGCUGCCCUGCUGCUGUGACCAGGCAGCUGCCGUCCCUCCCUGGGGACACCUCAACCUACCUCAAAGGAAGAGCCAGGAGCUGGCUCCGGAGCCCCCUGAGCCUCACGCCUGCCUGCGGGCUGUUUUUAGGGAGGGAUGUUUUGCUGGGGAGAGCUGUGUGACUUCCUUUUUUUUAAAACAAAUGGCAGGAGCUGCUGAAGUUGGGUUUGUGGCUGAUGUUCGAGCCGGAGGUGGGAGGAGGUUUCUUUGCUGCAUGAGAGCUGCGAGUGAGUUUGGAGUCAGCCUGGCCUUCCCUUCCCCGACCAGCAUGGGCUGAGCCUGUGCUUGCCUGUGUCACCCCGCACUGACCCCGAGCCCCAGGGAGCUGAGUCUGCUCCCCCCUCACUGCAGGCCAGAGCGGGGAGAGCCUGGGCCCCCUGGAGAGAAGUCCUUGGCCCCCACACUGCUCCUCUGGGAGGAGCAGGGCUUGGCCCUCCUAGCCCAUGUGUUUUAUCCUCUCUGAAUGCCUGUGCCACCCUCCUGCCCCUUGCCAGCCUUGGGUUGUGGGCAGAAGCUGGGCUUUUUGCCCCUUUUUUUUUCCUGCCUGCCUCCCAGCGGUACAAGAGCAGUGGUGGUGCUGGAGGAGGAUCCCCUCGGUGCUGUCUCUCCUCCGGGGGUACCUGCAGUGCGUGGGGGCUGCAGGCAGGUGCUGUUCUCCUGGGCUCUGGUCUCUUUUCCCUUCGUUUUUAUCAAGGAUUUCCAUUAAAGUUCAGCACUCGGCUGCU